GAAGGAGGAGUGGAUGUCUGGAGUCUGCAGAUCUAUACACCGGUAUGCACCGUGUGAAGAGCCACAGCUCAGAUCAGCUCAGUGUGAUCACAGACUAUUUAUAUCACAGACUAAAAGCAGAAUAAACCGCGGUUUUUGUUUGUUUUUGUUUUUUUUUUCCUCCCCCACACACUGCGCGUGCUGUGCGUCCACUGCGGAGCCGCGCAUACAGGAGACGCGCGGGUUCACGGAUGGUCAUUUCGGGGCAGGGACGACCAGGUCCAAGUGUCCAGCUCCUGCAGUGUGUGGCCGAUGUAGGCUGCUGUUCGGUGUGAUGUGUAAUGGCUCCUGCUCUGAGUGCUCUGUGGGGUUCAGGGGUUGCAGGAUCGGAGAUCAGUGGUGAGCUGACUAUCGUGAGCACUCUCACGGCAUUCUGGGCCUUCUUGCUGCUCACUGUGCUGCUGGUAUUGUGUGCUGGCUGUCAAGGGCAGAAGAAAGCAAGCCGGCUCCCUGGAGACCAUGAGAACCUGAUGAAUGGGGUGUCAGAAAAGGAAACAUGUAGCCAAACAGCAGAUACAGGCAGCCAUGGCACUGACCUGGUGGCCAGUAGCUCCUUCAACGGGCCUCUUACAAGCGGUACAGUCCUCACAGACACCAUGGACACGAGCCCGCACCCUUCAGAAGAAAUGUUGUCCAUCCAGUCAGAGCAUCGCUCUUCUAAAUGCCCCCAGGACCGCGAGUUACCCAGCAUUCCCUGCGCCAACAGUCUUGGGGUAGCAGCUCAAGCCUCUGAAGAGUGCAGAGCCUCCGGGGACGGCACUUACGAGGUGCUGAAGGACGGAGCCUCACACGAUGCCGUGGAAGACUCACCUUAUGAGACGGUAAAAGAGCUAAAGGAGGCAUGCACCACUAACGGCACACUGACCCCUGACGAGCCUCCGACUGCCCAGCCCAAUGGCCACCUGAGCCCUAUCCCUGUCGUUCCUGACCCGUGCCUGCAGACCGACGGCGCCGAGUACGCCUCCAUUGACCUGAAGAAGAAAAGCCGCUACAGUGUAGACGCUGAGGCCCAGCACUCUGCUGUAGAGCAACCUGAGGAGGACAAUCCACCUCCUAUACCCGAUAAAGUGCUGGAUGAGAACGACAACCAAAACAUCACUACGCUGCAGAAUGGAGAGAUAUCAGACAUGUACUCCACUGUAAAUAAGCCAGUGAAAGAAGAGGAGAAAGAAAACGACUACAGCAGCAUCGGUGAGAUCAGGGGCAUAGUGGUGGAGUCGAGCUCCAGCGAGCUGUACGCCACGGUGAGAGACGUAUACCCCUCACCCCCUGCCGAGCAGCCUGCGGAGAGCACAGACCACGGGUACGAGACCAUCAAGAUCACAAAGAGCGUAGAGGACGAGGACCAGCAGGAUAACGGGCUUAUGGAGUCUGACUACGCAAAUGUUGGAGACCUGGGGCUGAACAGCGAGACGUCCCGUCUCUGACUGAGAGUCACGCAGCACUUCGGAGCAUCUGAGUGACGUAGCAGCGGCUCAAAAGGACUUAGUUUAGCACUUAUUUACCCAGAAUGUUGGCAAGCCAGUAAAUGAAAUGAAUAAGUGGUCACUUGUGCUUAUGGUGUAAAGGUGUAGAAAUUAUUCAGAUUUGUUGUGGAAUUUAAAUGUAAUGGUGCAUUAACAUGCACACAUCACAGCUCCAGCGUCCCUGAGUGGACAUAUGCUCUCCCUGGGUUUCACCGGGUUCUCCGGUUUCUUCCAACAUCCCAAAAAAGCAUAUCAGUUGGUGGACUGGCUAAGACAAAUUGCCUCUAGCAGUGAAUGAGUGAGCACAUGCCAGUCCAUCUACUGGUAUCCUAUUCAGGAUAUAUUUUUACCUUACAACCAAUGUACUGAGAUAAACUCUGGAUCCACCAUGACCAGGUUAUAAAAAUGAGCAAAUUAAUGAAAUAUUCUUGCUAUAAAGAAUUCUUCUUAUUAUGUUAUAGAAACUUCUGUUUAGUUCAAGUGGAAUGAGACAUAGAGCAACAAUCAUCUUAAGGAAAGAAAGUCAGUGUAUGUAUGGUGAUGUGAUGUAAACAUUUGGGUGCCAUAAUUUAUAGUCACCUCAGUGCUCUCAUUAUGAUGCUUGAUGCAUAGAACAGACAACCAGCAACACCGCUGUAGCAAAAAUGCAUAUGUUUAAUUACCUCGCAGCUUUCGAAUUAGCGAUCAAGAUGCAAGAAUUAUGCACAACGUAUAUAAAUAUAUGUAAAAAAAGAAAGAAGAUGAUUUUGGACACGUGUGUGUGCCAUUCGCAGUCAUAAUCAGGAGCUUAUAGUACAAUAAGUUGAUUAUACAGAAAUGCCAACAUGUACGAUUUAGCUGUAGCAUUUACAAUUCUUUACAAUUACAAAGAUUCGCCCAGUGGAAAAAAACAAACAAACAGUUCACUGAAGGGGAAAGGACGCUGUAUAUGAGACUUUAUUGCUUCCACGCAGACUUUAUCUUGAACGCUGACCUGUGAAUUUCCAAACCUCUGUAUUUUUUGAAGUAGUUGAUAUAAAGGGCGAGGCUGUCAUCUCUUUUGAUAGUAAAAGCAUAAGGUAGAAUGUGCUGUCCAGUUUUACAAUGUUACUUAUACAUAUGUUAGAAGUUUUGUGGUAAAAUUGUUCAAAUCUAAAAUAUUUUUUUCUUGUUAGCAUGUUGGCACAUCUGGAUCAUGGUGAGAAAAAUCACUUCCUGUGGUACGUACACUCCUACAUCAAAUCAUUCGAUAAUUGCUAACAAUCAUAGAAUAAUAAUGAUGGAAAAAAAAAAACAUAUCUAUUGCUGAUGUAGGAAUUUUCUAAAUUAUUUGUGAUGUGAAGAAUAUUUUAAUGUUAAACGUGCCUGGCUACCUGUGUGUCACCAUGAAUGAAGUUUGUUAAUUAAGUAUUGAUCAGUCAUAUGAAUUGCCUUGCCAUAGCCUUUAGUAGGUACAGAGUCGUAUAUUUGUAAAGCACAAAAGGUACUCACCUUGGCACUAUGAUUAUUGUGUACAAACUUCAGAUAUGAAGUGCUUUCCAAGAACUAUAAUAAUAUACGACUGCAUGUGAGACUGUGACAUGCCAAGAGACACUUGUAAAUAUUUCUAACUUUAUUCAUCACUUUUAACACGCUGUACGAUUUUACACACCACUUCAAUAAUGUGCCUGUUCUCUCUCUCUCCUCUCUCACUGAAGGCUUUAAAUAUAUAACUGUUUCUGAUGACUUAUAAAGCACAGGAGUCUGGGGAGAAUUUUUUAAGUGCUCUGGUUGUUUUAAAGGAAUUUGUGAAAGACUAUGAAAAUGAAAAAAUAGGCUGAUUUUGAAGCUGGGUCCUGCGGCGUACGCUGUGCUUGUGAGUGGGUCCCUGUUAGGUGAAAAUGUUGGUACAUUUUCUUGGUACAAGCUCUGUAAUGUGAAGGUACAUCCAUUAUUUAAUAUCAUGGUAUACAUUUGCAUUGUAGUAAAUUGAGUGUAUUUUAUUUUUUAUUUUUCUUUGUAAAUACAUAUCACUGCAUUUGUUUUGUAUCAUCAUAAUCUUUUUAAAGUGGCAUCGGUCAAUUAAAAUACUGCAGUCAUGCUGGACUCAUCACA